AUGGGAGAAGCCUGCGAAGAGACGUAUGGAGUAUUUCCCUGCUCUACCACCCUGCCCGGUACAAUCGUGCUGAUGCUAGCAUACGGAUUCAUGCUCCUACAAGGCGCAAAUCUUCUUUCGGAUGGAAGCGAGCUGCUGCUAGAGGUUCUUAAUCCAGGAAUCAUCGGAGGGUUGCUGCUGCCUAUUCUGGGAGCACUGCCAGACGCCCUGAUCAUUGUGGUAUCUGGCCUGGGGGGAACCAGAGAGGAGGCUGCGGAGCAGGUCAGUGUGGGGGUCGGGACAUUGGCAGGCUCCACCAUCAUGCUGCUGACGAUUGCAUGGGGUGGAUCUUUGCUAGUUGGCAGAUGCGACUUGAAUGAGCGGGGAAAGGCGAUCAACAAGAAACUGACGAGGAAGUUCGAUGCGAUGGGCACUGGGGUGACCACGGACAAAUUCACCUCCAGCGGGGCUGUCAUCAUGGUGGCCACUGUGCUGCUGUAUGCCAUUGUACAGGUGCCAGCCUUCCUGGGCAACAAGGAGGACUACAUGGCAUCCCUGAUUGGCUCCAUUGUCUGCCUCAUCACGCUGUGUGCUUACUGCAUCUUCCAGGUGGCGUACCCGGAGCUGCAGCGGCGCAAGAUGGACCGCGCCCGGCACCGGCAGUGGCGCCACGCGGGCGUCCGAGCGCUCGCACAGCACGCGCAGCCCUUCGGCUCCAUGCUCAAUGAUGCAGGGGGUAUCAAUGAUGAUGUGGUGGAGGGUCUCUUCACAUCCUUUGACAGCAAUGGAGAUGGCAGCAUCGACGAGAAUGAGCUGAAGGGUCUGCUGCUGGGCCUGUGCAUCAGCACGGACGGGUCAUCGUCACUGGGGAGGGAGGUUGACUUCUGGAUGCGCGAAUUCGAUGCCGACCGCAGCGGCUGCAUCACUUAUGAAGAGUUCCGCAAACAGCUCAGCAGGUGGAUAGCGGAGAAGCAGAAGCAGCACGAGGAGGACGUGCGGCUGCGAAGGUCUGGCAAGAAGCUGGACCACUUGGAGUCGCGCAGAUCUGAGGUCUCCAUCGACCUAGAUCCCCUCCUCUCGAGGCACCAUUUCACAGAAGACGAGGAGGCGGCAGAGGCUGCUGACGAGGACGCUGACGAGGACGGCAGUGAUGACGACAAUGGGGAUGCCGGUGACGGCGCAAAGGAGCCACCCACGCCGCGCGCGAUCAUAUCCAAGGCCGCCGUGAAACUGCUGAUCGGGACUGCCGCAUGCGCGCUGUUCUCGGACCCCAUGGUCGAAGCCGUGUCUGGCUUCUCCAAGGCGUCGGGAAUCCCGGCUUUCUAUGUGGCCUUCUGCGUGACACCCUUUGCCAGCAACGCCAGCGAACUGGUGUCCAGCAUCAUCUUUGCCAGCCGCAAGCAGAAGAAGAACAUCUCACUCACCUUCAGCCAGGCACGCCCUGUUUAUGGCGCGGUGACAAUGAACAACACGAUGUGCCUGGGCCUGUUCCUGCUGGUCAUGCACAUCCAGCGACUGCCCUGGACCUACAGCUCCGAGGUCCUUGUCACCGUCGGUGCAACUGCGUUGGUGGGCCUGCUGGGAUACACACACACAACAUUCAGGACGUUCUGGGCGUUCCCUGUUUUGGCGCUCUACCCCCUCUCCAUCAUUGCUGUGUGGGGCCUUGACACCCUGGGCUUCAAAUGA